AUGGUGUCUCUCUAUGGGCUCUCUCUGGCCCAAGGGGAAGGAAUGGAGAGGAUCCAGGAAUGUAAAACCAGAUGCUCCAAGGUAGGAAAUCACUCUUUCUGUAUCUUUCUGAGGAAACACUGUUUCCGUUUCAAACACUUCUCAAGUGUCUAUGAGCAGCAUAGCUCCUAUCACUUUGAAUACCACUGCUAAUAUUAUUACUAUUACUAUUACGUCUAAAACUAGACUAUAGUGAUGACUAUAGCUGAACUACAAACAGAGCACACUCUACUGAUACCAAUAGUCAGAAGUGAGAGUAGUGUUUGUCAUAUCAUGACCAAUAUGUUUUAGUAUCGGUCUAUCAUAUUUACUCUCUUGCAUAUAAUAGAAUGUUGAUAUCAUAUUCCCCAUAUAUUCUGAGGAACCAUGGCAACCAAACAAAGUAAAUGAUAAUAAUGACUCUGUAGAGUUGUUACACCAUCAGAGUUUAUAUAUAUAUAUAUAUAUAUGCCAUUUAGCAGACGCUUUUAUCCAAAGCGACUUACAGUCAUGCGUGCAUAAUUUUUUUUUUGUGUACGGGUGGUCCCAGGGAUCGAACCCACUACCUUGGCGUUACAAGCACCGUGCUCUACCAGCUGAGCUACGGUGCUUGUAGCUUCAUUUGGCAGUGGCUCUGACUAUACUCUGACUGAACUUUUAAUACAGUGAAACACAGUGGCUGAGUGUAGGACAUGAAGAGUUAUCACUUAGGUGUGUUGACCAUUUGAAAUUCCAAUAUUGUGAUAGAGUGUAAAUGUUACGAACGACCCUAUAUCACCCAAUGGAAAGAUUCUCAACUGGUGGUUGGAGACCCAAAUUGGGUCGCUGGAGGCUUUGAAAGGGUCGCAGGUGUUUUUUUAUUUUUAUAUAAUCUAAUUUAUUUUUAUGAAAUAAAUACUUCAGUCUGAACUUUAAUGACUAAUCCCAGAAUCUGAUAUAAAGUGUGUAAAAUUAUAAUAAAAUCAUUUAACUUUGAAAAAUCACAUGCAAUAUUUUCAAAAAAGAGCUACAGAGAACUUUCCGUGAAAUGCAAACUUGUAGUGUAUUCAAGAUUUAAAAAGGCUUCUAAAGUUUGUAAUUUCCACUUUAAAAUGUCAGACUUGAUUUGCCCCAAACGAAAAAUGUAUCAAUCCCUACGAAAAAUGUCCAUUAAUUGUAAUCCAUACAAUAAUUUACAUUUCCUGUUGCUGCAGGACUAUUUUCCUGCUGUAGCAAACUGGCUCAAAAUAAGAUCCUACAUCUGUAUUAGCACCGCUAGCAGAUUUUGUUGAUUUUGUGACCUCAAACUAGUGAGCUUCCCAACAUUCAUCAUCAAGAAUAUGAGCUAUAAAAUCAAUAGUUAUUUCUGGUUGCUUGUCAAAGUUAUCUGGCUAACUCAUUGAUCCUGCUUUGUAAUAUACUCCUCUGUUAGCCUUGAUACUUUCUGUCUAUGUUUGCAUCAGAGGAGGAUGAUGGGAGGAGCUAUAGGAUGACAGGCUUAUUGUAAUGGCUGGAAUGGAAUAAAUGGAACAAUAUCAGACACUUCAAACAUAUGGAAACCACAUUUGACUCCGUUCCAUUUAUUCCAUUCCAGCCAUUACAAUGAGCCCAUCCUCCUAUAGCCCCUCCCACCAGCCUCCUCUGGACCCCUUAAGAUAUAAAAAAAGAUGUACAAAAAUUAUUUAAUUAAACAUUGAAUUUGGACAGAUACCUUCAGACUAGUCUUGUAAGCGAAACGACCGACAUGUACGUGUUCGUGAGAGACUCACCUUUCCAUAGAGGGGUCGUAUUAGUGUGUAGCCCAAACUGUUCGGACGCUACAGACAGAAGUAUGCAGAUUGGCUGUACCGACUCCAGACGAGUCCUGUGAUGCUUGUGGGUGUUGUAGACCAAAACGGAGAACGCCAUCGUGUUCGUGAGAGUCAUCUUUCCAUAGAGGGGUCUUUCCAUUCGGAUGCUACAGACAUUUACGUGAGAAGACCGAUUUUCGGCAUGUCUCAUGGUCUGACAAACACCACUUUAGCUCUGACAACUUUCACCGCAGAUGCUGAAGGGCAACAUCGGCGGCAACCUGGUCUCAGAGCAUUUCGUAUUAUUAUGUACGUAAAUUUGAGCAACCUCAUUUAGUAUGAUAUGUUACAUUUCACAUGGUAUGUAUUAAUUUGCAAGUGUCCAUCACCCAUUUUCGUAUUACAUGUUACGAAUUACAAUUGGCAUUAUAUGUUACGAAUUUGCGAAACAUACAAUACAUUACGAAUUUGCAAAAGGCCUAUAUGUUACUAAUUUGCAAAACGUAGCUAGGUGGCUAGGUGGCUAAAAUUAGCUAGUUGGUUAACAUUAGCUAGGCUAGGGGUGAGGGGUAGGGGUUAGAGAUAGGGUUAAGUUUAGGAGUAAGGUUAAAGGGUUAAGGGAAGGGUUAGCUAAUAUGCUAAGUAGUUGCAAUGUAGUUAAAAAGUAGUAAGUAGUUGCAAAGUUGCUAAUGACCUAAAAUGCUAAAGGUAUCUGUGAUGAGAUUUGAACUCGCAACCUUUGCGUUGCUAGACGUUCACGUUAUACGCAAACCCAUCCAUCCAUCCUGCUUUUGUUUUUGCCUUAAGUAACCAUCUGUCUUAUGUAACCAUACCAAACGUAAUAUUUCAUACUAAUUUGUGUGUCCAAGAUUUCCAUUUACUAUGUUACAUCUAGUCUAUGACACCAGGCUAUCGGCAGAUGCUUAAGAUUGAGACGCAGCCCAUGCAAAAAAAACAUAUCUCUAGCUUAAACUGACCGAUUUUGAUGGGGAUGUUUUGAUUAUGCUAAUUAGAUUUCCACGGGGCGCUGACAUCGGCACUAGGGAGUUAAUCCCUGUGGAUGCAUUUCCUCAAGCCUAGUACCUCUGUCAGUACAGAGGCUGUCACUCUCUCUGUGAUAUCCAACACGAGGACACUGGUAAGAUAAAUCGUUUACAUAUCGAACAUAAUUUUAAAAAGGGCACGUGCCUUCACUGAAAGAAAGAUAAGCAAGGAUGCAUUUACCGCACCGUAGAAAAUAAGGAGACACACGGUAAAUAAGCCAGGAAAACAAACACUGGGGUGUGUGUUGUCUUCACAUGGUAGAAACACAGGACAACCCUUGCUAUCUCCAUUACCUCUACUACUACAAUCCCAGCUAACAACAAACAUUCCCACAACUUUAGAGAACGUUCCCUUAAGAGUCUCAUUAGGUCAUUAACUACCGUUUUCAUAGGAAUGUUCCUGUGAUGUGCAAGGAAUGUUUCCAAGAGAACAUUCCCUUAAUGUCAAAUAGAACUUACCCAGAACGUUAUUACCAUGUUAUCAGAACUUAAGAUAUUAAUGUUCUAGACAUGUUAAAUGAGAACAUUGCAAAAAAAAUUUGGGUUCUUGGUCACCUCCCUGACCAAGGCCCUUCUCCCCCGAUUGCUCAGUUUGGCGGGGCGGCCAGCUCUAGAAAGAGUCUUGGUGGUUCCAAACUUCUUACAUUUAAGAAUGAUGGAGGCCACUGUGUUGCAGAAAUGUUUUGGUACCCUUCCCCAGAUCUGUGCUUCGACACAAUCCUGUCUCGGAGCUCUAUGGACAAUUCCUUCGAACUCAUGGCUUGGUUUUUGCUCUGACAUGCACUGUCAACUGUGGGACCUUAUAUAGACAGGUGUGUGCCUUUCCAAACCAUGUCCAAUCAAUGGAAUUUACCACAGGUGGACUCCAAUCAAGUUGUAGAAACAUCUCAAGGAUGAUCAAUGGAAACAGGAUGCACCUGAGCUCAAUUUCGAGUCUCAUAGCAAAGGGUCUGAAUACUUAUGUAAAUAAGGUAUUUGUGUUUUUUCUAAAAACAUGUUUUCGCUUUGUCAUUAUGGGAAUCCAUUUUAGAAUAAGUCUGUAAUGUAACAAAAUGUGGAAAAGGUCAAGGGGUCUGAAUACUUUCCGAAUGCACUGUAAAUGUUUUUGCAAUGUUCCCAUGAAACGUGUCUAGAACAUUAAUAUCUCAAACAUUAGUGGAACAUUACGGGUAACGUUACAAAAACGUGCUCUCUCCCUAGAAUUGUUAACUGGAAUAGUGGCCAACUGGGCUUGUUUGUUUGUACAGCUGGGGUUGUGAGUACUCUGUUAAGUGUAUAAUGUGUAUAAGUAGUAUAAAGUGUAUAUCAAAUGCAUAAAUAAACCGCUUACAUUGUUUUUCAUCUUCUCUCUGCAGGGCCUCCAAUGCAAAAGUAAACCCCACUGUGAGUGCAUUACAAUAUACCCAUUACAAACAAUGUUGUUAUACUCUCUGUGUGUGUGCUUGAGUGUGUUGACAAUGACACUAUGGUAAAUCUCUGAUGGUCCUCUGAUCAGAUAUAAAUUGAUGUCUGAAAUACUUGACAUUUACAAUAAAAGGAUCCAGUUCCAAUGUUUGUGGUAUGGGUGGUCCAAGUGAUAAAACUUUUGCAGGUUUGUUUAUUGUAGCAUGGACCCCCCAUACAGUACAAUAGAGUCAUAGUCCAAGUAGACGCCUCUAGCUGGAGUGAACAGAGACAGAGUGUGUCCACAAUAAUACAUAACAAAAGUCAGGUUAAUCAGCGUCUAACUUAAUCAGCACCUCACCACAACUGUACCUUCCACAAGUGAAAGAAAGAGCAUGACAGCUCAGGCAGGGAGGGAGAAAGAAAGAUGGAUGGAUAAUAUAUCUAUUAUCAUCUGAUAAAGCAGUAGUCAGGGCCUUGACAUGACUGAGUGAAGUAUGAGUAAAGUUGCUGGCUAUUUGAUAUUACUGGUUGUUGUAUAUUUGUAUACAUUUGUCCUGAAAGUCUUGCUAUUUUUAAUGUGAGAGUAAGAUUUCCAAUGUAUUUAUUACCCAAACAGAUUCCUUUGUCCCGUGCAGGACCCAGCAAGCAGACCUCAACACCAGUGUUGUCUUCCACAGCGUCAGUCUGUCCACAGUGAUGAGGUGUGAGGGGAAACAGAAGUGCUCUCUUCACCUUCGAGUUCACACUGCUCUUCAGCUCAGUGGUAGGUUGGGCUCUCCACUUUGAGAUUUCAUGUUGAAAUAUUUUCUGCCUUGUGAACAACAAUGAUCUACGGAAGUCCAGAGAGGACAUACAAAUAAAAAAAAUUGGUCCCUCGUUAUGUCUAGAUCACGACUUAUUUAUCUCACCACAUAACAAAAGUUGUUUUGUUGAGAUCAUGAGAUAAUCAAAAGUACCACGCAUCAUCCAUUAAUUUGUUCAGAUGCACGAUAACCACUUUAUCAAGGAGCCCUGUGGCUGAAUUGAUCGCAUUGCAGGGCAUUUAAGCCCGGAACAAUGCCUGAGCCAGCACUGUCUCCCAGGCUGCGUGCUGCCCCAAAGACCAGAGCCAUUGCAUGCAAAGAACCACACAGCUAACUUGGCUAGUCUUGUGAACUAGCUAGUUUAAUUCCUGACAGUCUGAUCAGAUUCAAUUUCGGCCUUAGAGGCUGAUAAAUCAGGAUACUGCUUUGUAGGCUGUUUGGUAGGUAAGGCUCCUUGCAGGCAGAUUAGCUGUCAAAGUGCUAUAUAGGCAGAUACAUACAGUUGAAGUCGGAAGUUUACAUACACUUAGGUUGGAGUCAUUAAAACUUGUUUUUCAACCUUCCACAAAUUUCUUGUUAACAAACGAUCGUUUUGGCAAGUCGGUUAGGACAUCUACUUUGUGCAUAACACAAGUCAUUUUCCAACAAUUGUUUACAGACAGAUUAUUUCACUUAUAAUUAAUUCACUGUAUCACAAUUCCAGUGGGUCAGCAGUUUACAUACACUAAGUUGACUGUGCCUUUAAACAGCUUGGAAAAUUCCAGAAAAUGAUGUCAUGGCUUUAGAAGCUUCUGAUAGGCUAAUUGACAUCAUUUUAGUCAAUUGGAGGUGUACUUGUGGAUGUAUUUCAAGGCCUGCCUUCAAACUCAGUGCCUCUUUGCUUGAUAUCAUGGGAAAAUCAAAAGAAAUCAGCCAAGACCUCAGAAAAAAAAUCGUAGACCUCCACAAGUCUUGUUCAUCCUUGGGAGCAAUUUCCAAACGCCUGAAGGUACCACGUUCAUCUGUACAAACAAUAGUACGCAUGUAUAAACACCAUGGGACCACGCAGCCGUCAUACCGCUCAGGAAGGAGACACAUUCUGUCUCCUAGAGAUGAACGUACUUUGGUGCGAAAAGUGCAAAUCAAUCCCAGAACAACAGCAAAGGACCUUGUGAAGAUGCUGGAGGAAACAGGUACAAAAGUAUCUAUAUCCACAGUAAAACAAGUCCUAUAUCGACAUAACCUGAAAGGCUGCUCAGCAAGGAAAAAGCCACUGCUCCAAAACCGCCAUAAAAAAGCCAGACUACGGUUUGCAACUGCACAUGGGACAAAGAUUGUAUUUUUUGGAGAAAUGUCCUCUGGUCUGAUGAAACAAAAAAAGAACUGUUUGGCCAUAAUGAUCAUCGUUAUGUUGCAAGCUGAAGAACACCAUCCCAACCAUGAAGCACGGGGGUGGCAGCAUCAUGCUGUGGGGGUGCUUUGCUGCAGGAGGGACUGGUGCACUUCACAAAAUAGAUGGCAUCAUGAGGAAGGAAAAUUAUGUGGAUAUAUUGAAGCAAAAUCUCAAGACAUCAGUCAGGAAGUUAAAGCUUGGUCGCAAAAGGGUCUUCCAAAUGGACAAUGACCCCAAGCAUAUUUCCAAAGUUGUGGCAAAAUGGCUUAAGGACAACAAAGUCAAGGUAUUGGAGUGGCCAUCACAAAGCCCUGACCUCAAUCCUAUGGAACAUUUGUGGGCAGAACUGAAAAAGCGUGUCGAACAAGGAGGCCUACAAACCUGACUCAGUUACACCAGCUCUGUCAGGAGGAAUUGGCCAAAAUUCACCCAAGUUAUUGUGGGAAGCUUGUGGAAGGCUACCCGAAACGUUUGACCCAAGUUAAACAAUUUAAAGGCAAUGCUACCAAAUACUAAUUGAGUAUAUGUAAACUUCUGACCCACUGGGAAUGUGAUGAAAGAAAUAAAAGCUGAAAUAAAUCCUUCUUUCUACUAUUAUUCUGACAUUUCAUAUUCUUAAAAUAAAGUGGUGAUCCUAACUGACCUAAAACAGGGAAUUUUUACUAGGAUUAAAUGUCAAGAAUUGUGAAAAACAGAGUUUAAAUGCAUUUGGCUAAGUUGUAUGUAAACUUCCGACUUCAACUCUAUCUGAUCCAGGGGGUGAGCUCUAUUCCUUGCAGGCUGAUCAGAUUCAAUAACAGCCUCAGAGGCCGAUGUCUGGAUGCUGCCUCAGAGGCUGAUAAGUCAGGAUGCUGCCUUGAAGGCUGUCUGCAAAGAGCCUUACAUAUGAAACAGCCUACAAGGCAGCAUCCUGAUUGGUAGGUUGACUGGUUGACUGAUAACCUGAACCAGCUUACAGUUUGAAGCUUUCUCUUGAGUGGGCAGCCUGAUGAAAGCCAGUCAAUAUUUAAAUCGGCCAGAAAAUAUACCUCUCUGUUAAUAUCACAUACAUUAUCAAACAUUUCACACGUUAUAUCCAGAUACGGACUGUUAGCACUUGGUGGUCUAUAGCAGAUUCCCACCAGAAUAGGCUUUAGGUGAGGCAGAUUAACCUGUUGUCAUAUUACUUCAACAGUGUUUAACAUGAGAUCCUCUCUAAGCUUUACAGGAAUGUGGUUCCAAAUAGAAACGGCCACACCUCCACCUUUGGCAUUUCUGUCUUUUCUGUAGAUCUUAUAACCAUGUAUUGCUACCACUGUAACAUCAAAUGUAUUAUCUAAGUGAGUUUCAGAGAUUGUCAGAAUAGGAAUGUCAUCUGUUACUAGCAAAUUAUUGAUUUCAGCUACAUAUGUUAAUGUGGGCUAUUUUUAGCACUUUUCUGGGAUGCUUGAUUGUUUUUAUUGCUUUACUGGGAAGCUUAGCAGAGGUAGACAUGCUCAUGUUAUUUAUGUUAGUGCAGGGUGAGCUGCACACAGUGGACUUCCUACUAGAACACACCGCCUCAGUGCUAACAGUAUCACUCUGGUUCAUAGGCACAUGAUUACUGCAUACAAUAGCUGUGGGAUCAGCAGAAGAAUUCAGGGCAGUAAGAGGGACAUCAAUUAGGUUACUUACAUUGUGUCAUUCAACGGCCCUGGGAUAAUGUGCAUUUGCUGAAGCAUUAUGACAACUCAGCGACACAAUAUUAGGGAUUAAAUGAGCUGGGCUUGGGUAAUUGAUAAGUCACUGUCUCAACACAUUCUUACAAUGCUGUGAAAGGAACCAGGAACCAAAAUGAUUUGGGUGGAUCCCAUCCUCCUUAUAACACAAGAUUUUUUUCCAGAAGGUAUCAAAAUUGUCAAUAAAUGUUACAUCUACAGAGCUGCAAUAGUCUCAUAACCAGUUAUUGAGGGCUAAAAGUCAGCUGAACCAUUCAAUGCCACGAUUUAGGGAGGGCAGAGGGCCAGAAAUUAUGGGCUGUUUUGUCAUGUUGUAUAAUGAUUAGAAGACAGGCGCAGGAAUACGUAUUCUUUUUUUUUAUUACCCCACCCAACACAAGGUACGUCAUGAAAAAACGACGGGGACGAAGCCCAAAACAAACAUGUAUAUAUAUAACACCGGGAUGUAACCCAAACAAAAGAGCGAGGCGUAAACCUCCAAACAAAUACAUGGGACGAGACCCGUAAUAACAAGCACAAUACACAGUACUCACGAGACCAACGGACAUGGGACAAUAAUCGACAAGGACAAUGGGGAACAGAGGGCACAUAUAUACACAUACUAAUCAGGGGGAAUGGGAACCAGGUGUGCGUAAUGAGACAAGACAGUCCGGGUUGGUGGCAAUGAACCAGGUCAGUGAUGCCUAGAAGGCCGGUGAGGUAGACCUCAAGAGCUGGUGAACGGGAUUGAGCAGCAGUACCAGGGGGGAUCGUGACACGUUCAUUGGUGUAAGUAGUGAGCCAAUCAGUUCUUUAAAAUCCAUCUUCAGCUAUUCUGAGCUGCCCUUCAUAACAUCAUUGAAUCCCAUAUGAACUAUGAUAUACUCAAUGUCCUGAUGCUGGUUUAAAAUGUUUGGGAGCAGCUUAUUGAUGGCCUGUACUCGUGCUCCUGGACAGCACAACAUUUUUGCUCCAGGGAUUGAGACAUUUCUCACCAUUGAACUGCCCAAUACAAUGGCCGGAGAAGGGAAUGGUGAAAUCCGCCCAUUCCCACCCCUCACACAAUUCAUUGAGUCUUUCACAGGCCCACGAGAAGCAGGAUAACGUACCCCAAACUCGAUAACGCCGCUGCUGGAGUCAGCAUAAUUUGAGUCAGCACCGUCGUUGCAGACACAGGCAAUCCCAGCGAUGAAGGCACAGAUAGAUCAGGCCCCAGUACAGUGAAGCUAUUCCUUAUGUCAAUGUGCUCCGAACCUCUCGCAGUCACCCCCAUCCGCUUAGCAGCAUGCCGCUGCCUUCGGUUUCCACGACUUGUGACAUGGGACCAGCGUUGAUUUCUACUUGCUGUUCCCCGUCUUCUUCACUACAGGAUGGAGCAGGAGAAGCAGAUGAAGACGAUUUCCUUGACAGGCAAGUUCCAGGUAGCACAGGCCAUUCGGAUAGGGACAGAUGACAAGGCGGGGAAACUUCCAUCAGGCCCGAGCGAUGUACAGCCAUAGGAGUUGAGAACGAGAAAGUUCCAAUUUGUGUUUUCCCCAUAACCUUGUGCAAAAUUGAGAUUUGUUUGCUAAGCAUAGCCACCUCAUUCCUGUAAUCCUCCGCUAGCAAACAAUUGCCGCAUUGGAACUCCGUAUUGUCAUUAUUGUCCUGGACAAGACCGUAAUAAACACAGAUUCUACAGCGUGGAAAUGUUUGUUAGCUAUUCAAGGCGAAGAGGGCUCCAUUGCAACCUAGCUAGCUGGCUAGUUGGUAGCAGGUGUUGACACAGGUAUCCGAGUUCUUGAGUUCCGAAGUUUUCGGCGUUGAGUCGGUGUCUCCCGACAACAGCCUGUUUCCGGUUUCUGGUUGAUGACGACAGCCACGCGAAUAUGACAACAGGUUGUUAGCAAGCUAAUUUUGCGAUAAUGACACAGAUACAGUGGCUUGUGAAAGUAUUCACCCCCCUUGGCAUUUUUGCUAUUUUGUUGCCUUAAAACCUGGAAUUAAAAUGGAUUUUUUGGGGGGUUGUAUCAUUUGAUUUACACAACAUGCCUACCACUUUGAAGAUGCAAAAUAUUUUUUAUUGUGAAACAAACAAGAAAAAAUACAAAAAAAAGCAGCAUAACUAUUCACCCCCCCAAAGUCAAUACUUUAUAGAGCCAGCUUUUGCAGCAAUUACAGUUCUAAGUCUCUUGGCGUAUGUCUCUAUAAGCUUGGCACAUCUAGUCACUGGGAUUUCUUCCCAUUCUUCAAGGCAAAACUGCUCCAGCUCCUUCAAGUUGGAUGGGUUCCGCUGGUGUACAGCUAUCCUUAAGUCAUACCAGAGAUUCUCAAUUGGAUUGAGGUCUGGGCUUUGACUAGGCCAUUCCAAGACAUUUAAAUGUUUCCCCUUAAACCACUCGAGUGUUGCUUUAGCAGUAUGCUUAAGGUCAUUGUCCAGUCUCAAAUCUCUGGAAGACUGAAACAGGUUUCCCUCAAGAAUUUCACUGUAUUUAGCACCAUCCAUCAUUCUUUCAAUUCUGACCAGUUUCCCAGUCCCUGCCGAUGAAAAACAUCCCCACAGCAUGAUGCUGCCACCACCAUGCUUCACUGUGGAGAUGGUGUUCUCAGGGUGAUGAGAGGUGUUAGGUUUGCGCCAGACAUAGCUUUUUCCUUGAUGGCCAAAAAGCUCAAUAUUUGUCUCAUCUGACCAGAGUACCUUCUUCCAUAUGUUUGGAGAGUCUCCCACAUGCCUUUUGGCGAACACCAAACGUGUUUGCUUAUUGUUUUCUUUAAGCAAUGGCUUUUUUCUGGCCACUCUUCCAUAAAGCCCAACUCUGUGGAGUGUACGGCUUAAAGUGGUCCUAUGGACAGAUACUCCAUUCUCCGCUGUGGAGCUUUGCAGCUCCUUCAGGGUUAUCUUUGGUGUCUUUAUUGUCUCUCUGAUUAAUGCCCUCCUUGCCUGGUUCGUGAGUUUUGGUGGGUGGCCCUCUCUUCGCAGGUUUGUUGUGGUGCCAUAUUCUUUUAAUUUUUUUAAUAAUGGAUUUAAUGGUGCUUCGUGGGAUGGUCAAAGUUUCGGAUAUUUUUUUUAUAACACAACCCUGAUCUGUACUUCUCCACAACUUUGUCCCUGACCUGUUUGGAGAGCUCCUUGGUCUUCUUGGUGCCGCUUGCUUGGUGGUGCCCCUUGCUUAGUGGUGUUGCAGACUCUGGGGCCUUUCAGAACAGGUGUGUAUAUAUAUACUGAAAUGAUGUGACUGAUCAUGUGACACUUAGAUUGCACACAGGUGGACUUUAUUUAACUAAUUAUGUGACUUCUGAAGGUAAUUGGUUGCACCAGAUCUUAUUUAGUGGCUUCAUAGCAAAGGGGGUGAAUACAUAUGCACGCACCACUUUUCCAUAAUGUAUUUUUUAGAAUUUCUUUCAACAAGUAACUUUUUUCAUUUCACUUCACCAAUUUGGACUAUUUUGUGUAUGUCCAUUACAUGAAAUCCAAAUAAAAAUCCAUUUAAAUUACAGGUUGUAAUGCAACAAAAUAGGAACAACGCCAAGGGGGAUGAAUACUUUUGCAAGGCACUGAAUAGGGUGUGUUGUUUGCUCUCGGAGUGUUCAGAGCGCACACUGGACGCUCUGGCCGAGGAGUAGUGUCGAUCUGAGCGUUCUUUUAAUUUGGAUGUGGGGAUUUAUGCCUUUCAAUCUAAUUUGAGUGUUUUAACUUGUAACGGUGCUGCAUUCAUUUCUAACGCGGCGGCAUGGGAUUUGUGUUGUUGCAUCCAAUGGCAGUGUCCACGAAAAGGUAACUUAAUUAUUUGCUUGUGGAUUUGACUGCUCUAACGCAGUUCCACCCCUGACACGCCAAAAUGACAUUAUGCGGAUGUCAAUCUGAUUUACUCGAACCCUUAAUCUCUGUUUGCUUCUCAAAUAACACCCUAUUUCCCAUGAAGCAGUGCACCAUAUGGGGAAUAGGGUGUCAUUUGAAGCUACCCUUUACAGGGAAACUUGGUGUUUUCCUGGCAAUUCUUUGAUUUAUAAGAUUGGGGCGCUCACAGGGAGACUAUGUUGUGAAAACAGCAUACCACUGAAACCAGAUAGAACACUAUUGUCAAAGUUGCGUCAAUUCAAAUCUGGCAUUAGGAACAAAAGAGGUCAACACGACUUCUAAGAUAUACUAGUUAUUUUAAUUAAUGCAAAAACCUUCAAUGGUAAAUAUGAUGUUUCGUAUAUACGGGCUCUUUGAAAUACCUCACAGGGCACUUCAGAGAACUAAAUCCAUUGUUUCAGAUUGUUCUUCAAAUACUCUUACAGAGAGAGUUUCCCACCUCUCUGCUGGCCAAUCAGAGUAGAGACUUGAGCGUGGUUUAGACUUACUCAGCCAAUCCGUUGACGCACAGGCUAGUCCCCCGCCUCUUAGCGCAUCCCUGUUUCCAGGCAUACGUUUAUCAUAACAACCUGUCAUAGUGAGAAGAGCCAGCUCCCCUAGACACCAUUCCUACGUCCAAGGAAGGUUCACAGAUCACAAAGAACCAGUGUAGUCUAGUAUUUGGAGACACAAAUCCUUAUCUCAUUUUACCCCCUAAAACAGCUCUUCACAUCAAUCACAGCUUGCCAGGUGACACAACCUACAUUAGCCCAGUCAAGAAUGCAUUCUUUCUAAGUUAGUCAUCCCAUCAAUUAUAAAAAUAAUAAAUCUCUCACACUAUGAACAGAACAGAGCCACAGCAUGUACUUCCCUAGUCAGUUCUCCUCAGAGCAGUUCUGUACAGGUGAGAGCGGGAUGGGGGCCGGAGAGGGGAAACCCCUGCAAUAAUAUCUUACCUGGCCCUUUGAUUCAGGGUCACACUGCUUCCUGUAGCGCAUGUGACACGCAUGUGACACGCACGUACGCUCACACAUAUACAUUGUAGGCAGUCAAUUUAAGAAAUGAUGUGAAUAAAAAAUUCGGACAUUUAAAAAGUUUUGAAAUAAAUAGCCCUUUUUUCGAUUAUUGAAUUGUCAUUUCUGUUUACUUCCUGAACUGACUUCCUUCUAUUUGAAUUGAGGCCAACCCUGACACACACACACUGUAAUUACGGUACUUGCACUGACCCUGUAUAGCUUGCAUUCUCAUGAUUUUUAAUGCUACUUUUCCUCAGAGCACAUCCAUGGUGUCUCCAUAUGCACUGUUACCGCAGGGAUGAUGUUGGCAAGCUGUAGGCUCGUCAGCUUCCCCAGAGUAGCCAGAAAGAGACUGGAGGGACAGCAGGUACAGUAUUACACUACCACACCAUGCACCCUACCAUACUACAAACUACACCCCAUACCACUACCCUACAACAUAGAGACUGGAGGGACAACAGGAACAAUACACUUAGUCAAGCAAAACAUUGCUGUACAGUAUGUGUGCUUGUGGCAACAACCUCCCAUCACACCCAAGAACACAAAUAUGGAUCUGGCUUCAGAACACUUGUAAUCUAUCUCUCUAUCUCUAUCUCUCUCUCUCUCUCUCUCUCUUUUUCUCUCUCUCUCUCUCUCUCUCUCUCUCUCUCUCUCUCUCUCUCUCUCAAGGUGGAGGUUCAUAAUGACUGCUCUGAGGUGUGGCCAGGUCAAGAUGUUCACGUCACUCUAAAGACCAAUCCAGGCUACUGUGGAGUCACCUGGACAAGCACUUACCAUGUCCCAGGUGAGGAUGAGGACCGUGAUCAAUGGUGAAUAAUAAUAAUGGAUUGGAUUUAUAUAGAGCCUUUCUACCAACUGAGGUACUCAAAGCACUUAACAUAGUAAGGGGGAAACUUUGUCGAUGCACUGUUUGUUUUACAGAGAACAAAACUCAACUUGGUUUUAAACUAUAUUUCAGAAUGUGGCAGCAGAGAUCUUCGGAGUAACAUUCCAGAAUGUAUCAGUAAGUUUGAUAGAUGUUAUUUCUCUAUUGUUCUAUAGUUCACAACCAUUGAAUCACACUAGAUAUCCCUUAGCAUGGUUUACAAUGACAGACUAUUUCUGCGUUCAACAAGGCUUCAUUUUUGCCUUGCCAAACCAGACAACAUCAUACUCAUUCUAUAUUUCCUUGUGUACAAAUCAGCCUAAAGAUAUUGGCAGUACAUCCAUUUCCCUUGACUGUGUGAUUACUGACUGACUGUGUCCUAUGACAGCUGGGAGGCUAGCGUACACUGUGGACUCAGACAGAAAGGAGCUGGCUGUGUCUGUCUCAGACAUGUUGGAGGAUGAAGACUAUCACCUGAGACUGUGUCACAGAAAAGCCUACACAUGUAGAGACACAGGGGCCAACACACUGGUAAGAUUACAGGAGAUGGGGACCUUAUAGAGUAAACGUUUCUUCUCAAAUGGUGGGACCUUGGUUAGCCUGGAUUCCAUAAUGUAUAUUUCACUAUUGUUUCACUCAGUGAAAUGAAAGCAUAUUGAAACAGAUUGAUAUUCAGUUUGGAGUGUGGCUAGGCACUAAUAAUAUGUUGAUGCACUUCCCCACCUUCACUUUCCUAGCAUAAUAACCCCUCCCAGUGACAAGUGCGUUUACAACUACUGCUUGCCAGUAAGUGUUGUAAAACGGUGAUAGUCAACACUAUACUUUGUGCAUACUCUGAUAGUAACACAGGGAAGAGUAAGGUCGUAGAAAUGCCUCAGCCAGAUGGUAUGAUGAUAAGACAGGCAUCAUAAAUCAGUUGCGCUAUACUCAUCAGACCCUGGAUUUAAAUACCAUUUGAAAUAAUUUCAAGUACUUUACCUGGGCUUGAUUGAGCUUGCCUAGCACAAUGGAACCAAUAUAAUAGUGCCAAAACUACAAACCCAUCUGGCACUCCAGGCAGACUAGUAUUUGAAAAUAUGUCAAAUAGUAUUUGAACCCAGGUCUGAUCCUUGUUGACCCUUGUUCCUUCUCCGCAGAUCAGAAAGGAGGAUGUGUUGAAGAAUACUACUCUGCAGUAUUCUACACCUUUGCCCUGUCUCUGUAUUGAGGUACUGACUCUUCACGGAUCAUUAUCUAGUUAGAUCAAUCUGUAUCUACUUUUUUAUCUGCUUGCUAGAUCAUUUUGUUUGACCUUUAUGCAAUCAAAUGUCUUUAUGACGAUCUGGACUGUCUUGUGGACAUUGUGGUGUUACAGUGCAUUCGGAAAGUGUUCAGACCCCUUUACUUCUUUCACAUUUUGAUACGUUACGGCCUUAUUCUAAAAUGGAUUAUAUUGAUUUUGUCCCUCAUCAAUCUAGACACAAUACGCCAUAAUGACAAAGCAAAAAAAGGUUUUUAGAAAUUGUUGCAAAUUUAUAAAAAACAACAACAACUGAAAUAUCACAUUUCGUACACUACUGUCAGUAGGUGCUGUAGGUGGGUGUGGUGUGGAAUCAGGCGCAGGACGCAGAAGAUAAGUCCAACAAAGACUUUUAGUAGAGCACACACAAAAACACAAUCCAACAGCCCGGAGGAGAGAAAAAUGCGCACACAGGCGUAAACAGAAGGGCGCACUAAACAUGUGCGAAAAUCCUCUCCCAAAUACAAAGGAGGCAAGCUACAAAUAGCGCACCGAAAGGGUAGCGCACCAACACGACAUAGGAAACAAUCACACACAACACCUGACAAACACAACGAGAACUUAUAGGCCACUAAUGACACUAAACAACAACAGGUGUACAAUUCCAGACAAGACCAAACGAACAUAGAAACAUACAACGGUGGCAGCUAGUAUUCCGGAGACGACGAACGCCGAAGCCUGCCCGAAAAAGGAAGAGAGGCAGCCUCGGCCGAAACCGUGACAGUACCCCCCCCCCUUGACGCGCGGCUCCAGACGUGCGCCGACUCCGGCCUUGGGGACGACCAGGAGGACGCGGAGCAGGGCGCGUCGGGUGACUACGAUGGAAUUCCGUCAGGAGAGACGGGUCCAAAAUGGCUCCCCUCGGCACCCAGCACCGUUCCUCCGGGCCGUACCCCUCCCACUCCACCAGAUAUUGGAGACCCCCCAUCCGACGUCUCGAAUCCGAGAUGGACCGCACGGAGUACGCCGGUGCCCCCUCGAUGUCCAAUGGGGGCGGAGGAGUCUCCCUGAUCUCAUUUUCUUGGAGUGGGCCAGCUACCACCGGCCUGAGAAGAGACACAUGGAACGAGGGGUUAAUACUUUUAUACUCAACAGGUAGUUGUAAUCUGUAACACACCUCGUUCAAUCUUCUCAGGACUUUAAAUGGCCCCACAAACCGCUGACCCAGUUUCCGACAGGGCAGGCGGAGGGGCAGGUUUCUGGUAGAGAGCCAGACUCGAUCACCAGGUGCGUACACCGGUCCCUCACUGCGGUGGAGAUCGGCGCUCGCCUUUUGACGACGGAGGGCCCGCUGCAGGUGGACGUGUGCAGCGUUCCACGUCUCCUCCGAGCGCGGCACCCACUCAUCCACCGCAGGAGCCUCGAUCUGGCUCUGCUGCCAAGGUGCCAGAACCGGCUGGUAACCUAACACACAUUGGAAAGGGGUUAGGUUAGUGGAGGAAUGGCGUAGGGAAUUCUGGGCCAUUUCUGCCCAGGGAACGUACCGUGCCCACUCCUCCGGCCGGUCCUGGCAGUAUGAUCUAAGAAACCUACCCACAUCCUGGUUCACACGUUCCACCUGCCCAUUACUCUCCGGAUGGUAACCCGAGGUGAGGCUCACCGAGACCCCCAACCGCUCCAUAAAGGCUCUCCAGACUCUGGAGGUAAAUUGGGGACCUCGAUCAGACACAAUAUCCUCGGGUACCCCGUAGUGCCGGGAAACAUGGGUGAAUAGCGCUUCGGCGGUCUGUAGGGCCGUAGGAAGGCCCGGCAUAGGGAGCAAACGACAGGCCUUAGAGAACCGGUCCACAACGACCAGUAUAGUAGUAUUCCCCUGUGAGGGAGGAAGGUCAGUGAUGAAAUCCACCGAGAGGUGAGACCAUGGUCGUUGUGGAACGGGCAGGGGUAGUAACUUACCCCUAGGCAGAUGUCUAGGCGCCUUACACUGGGCGCACACCGAGCAGGAGGAUACAUAAACCCUCACAUCCCUCGCCAACGUGGGCCACCAGUACUUAGCACUAAGGCAGUGCACUGUCCGGCCGAUACCAGGAUGUCCAGAGAAGGGUGACGUGUGAGCCCAAUAGAUCAAUCGAUCCCGCACCUCGAGCGGAACGUACUUCCGACCCUCCGGGCAUUGAGGUGGACUAGGGUCGGUGCGCAGCGCCCGCUCGAGUUCAGCAUCGACCUCCCACACUACCGGUGCCACCAGACAAGACUCCGGCAGUAUGGGAGUGGGCUCCACGGACCUCUCCUCCGUGUCAUACCGCCGAGACAGCGCGUCUGCCUUACCGUUCUGUGACCCAGGGAUGUAUGUGAUCUUAAAUAUGAACCGGGUCAAAAACAUAUUCCACCGCGCCUGGCGAGGUUUCAGUCUCCUAGCUGCCCGGAUGUACUCCAGGUUACGGUGGUCCGUCAAAAUGAGGAAAGGGUGUUGAGCCCCCUCAAGCCAGUGCCUCCACACCUUUAGGGUCUGUACCACGGCUAACAGCUCCCUGUCCCCUACGUCAUAGUUUCGCUCCGCCGGACUGAGCUUCUUGGAAUAAAAAGCACAGGGGCGGAGUUUAAGUGGCGUGCCGGACCGUUGCGAAAGCAUGGCUCCUAUACCGGCCUCUGACGCGUCCACCUCUACCUGAAAUGGUAAAGAGGGAUCCGGAUGCGCCAGCACCGGAGCCGAGGUAAACAGGUCCUUCAGCCUCCCAAACGCCCUGUCCGCCUCGGCUGACCACUGCAGACGCACCGGACCCCCCUUCAAAAGAGACGUUAUGGGAGCUGCCAGCUGUCCAAAACCCCGGAUAAACCUCCGGUAGUAAUUCGCAAACCCCAAAAACUGCUGCACCUCCUUCACAGUGGUUGGCGUUUGCCAAUUACGCACGGCUGACACCCGGUCUACCUCCAUCUUCACCCCUGACGCAGACAACUGAUAACCCAAAAAGGAGACCGACUCCUGGAAAAACAGACACUUCUCUGCCUUGACAUACAGGUCGUGCUCCAACAGCCUCCGCAACACUCGGCGCACCAGUGCCACAUGCUCGACUCGGGUAGACGAGUACACGAGAAUGUCAUCUAUGUACACGACCACCCCCUGCCCCUGCAUGACCCUGAAGAUCUCAUCCACGAAUGAUUGGAAAACUGAAGGAGCGUUCAUCAACCCGUAUGACAUGACAAGAUACUCGUAAUGGCCCGAGGUAGUACUAAAGGCUGUCUUCCAUUCAUCGCCCCCCCUAAUGCGCACCAAGUUGUACGCGCUCCUGAGAUCUAAUUUAGUGAAGAAACGCGCCCCGUGCAAUGACUCCGUCAUGGUCGCAAUCAGCGGGAGUGGAUAACUGUACUUCACCGUGAUCUGAUUGAGACCACGGUAAUCAAUGCACGGGCGUAACCCACCAUCCUUUUUCUUCACAAAAAAGAAACUCGAGGACGCAGGGGAAGUGGAGGGCCGUAUGUAUCCUUGUCUCAGAGAUUCGUCUAUGUAAGUCUCCAUAGCUCUCUUCUCCUCCUGAGACAGAGGAUACACAUGGCUCCGUGGGAGCGCAGCUCCUGCCUGGAGGUCUAUCGCACAAUCUCCCUGCCUAUGGGGAGGCAACUGCGUCGCCCUCGACUUACUGAACACAAUAGCCAAAUCCCCAUACUCAGGGGGAACGUGCAAUGCGGGCACCUGGUUUGGACUCUCCACCGAGGUAGCCCCUACGGAAACGCCUAAACAUCGACCCACACACUGGGCAGACCACUCCAUCAGAGCCCUCUCCUGCCACGAAAUAGACGGGUUAUGGGUACUCAACCAGGGCAUGCCCAGCACCACCGGAUACGCAGGCGAGUCAAUCAGAAAUAGCUGGAUCAUCUCCUGAUGAUCCCCCUGCGCACACAUCCUAAGUGGCGCCGUGACCUCCCUGAUCAAGCCCGAUCCCAACGGACGGCUAUCUAGGGCAUGAACGGGGAAGGGGACGUCAACAGGGAGAAGGGGAAUCCCUAAGGCUAAACAAAAUUUCUUAUCAACAAAAUUCCCAGCCGCGCCUGAAUCUACCAGCGCCUUAUGCUGGGAAUGAGGUGCUACCUGUGGAAAACGCACAGGUAUACAGAAGUGCGCAACAGAGAGCUCUGGGUGAGUGGGGCGCCUACUCACCUGGAAGGACUCCCCAGUGCGGGGCCUGUCGUCUUCUCCCCUAGGAGGCCAUCCCCAGCACCUAGCCGCGGUGUGUCCUCCCCGACCACAGUUGGUGCAGGAGAUGGACCCCCUCGUACUCCGACCCCUCCUCUCUCUAGCGCCAGCGCCCCCGAGCUCCAUGGGGCUCGGCUCGGAGACGCUGGAGGGUGAAAUGGACGGACCUCCCCCGGGACGUCCACGGGUAGCCAGCAGGGUGUCCAGCCUGAUGGACAUGUCGACUAACUGGUCGAAAGAGAGGCUGGUGUCCCGACAGGCCAGCUCCCGAUGGACGUCCUCACGUAGACUACAGCGGUAGUGAUCGAUGAGGGCCCGCUCAUUCCACCCUGCAUCCGCCGCUAGAGUACGGAAUUCCAACGCGAACUCCUGGGCACUCCUCUUCCCCUGCCGGAGGCAGAACAGACACUCCCCCGCCGCUUUCCCCUCUGGUGGAUGGUCAAACACCGCCCUGAAGCGGCGGGAGAACUCAGCGUAAGUGAUGGUGGUAGCGUCUAUCCUCCUCCACUCGGCGUUGGCCCAUUCUAACGCCUUGCCGGAAAGGCAGGAGAUAAGGGCGGACACGCUCUCGUGUCCCGAGGGCGCCGGGUGCACGGUGGCCAGGUAAAGCUCCACCUGGAGAAGGAAGCCCUGACACCCGGCAGCGGUCCCAUCGUAGGCCCUCGGGAGCGAGAGUCGAACUCCUCUGGGUUCCGGAGCGGGAAUGGGCUGACUUGCUGAUGGUGAUGGUAGGGACGGUGGCGUUGGGGGUGUUCCUCGGGUCUCCCAGCGUUGGAGCGUGUUGAUCACAUCCUGCAGGGCGGUCCCGAUCCGCAGGAUCUGGUCAUUCUGCUCCCGAACCCGAUCCUCCAACGUCUCCUGUGCUGCUGCGGCUCCUGCUGAUUCCAUUCAGAUGGUGUGUGAUUCUGUCAGUAGGUGCUGUAGGUGGGUGUGGUGUGGAAUCAGGCGCAGGACGCAGAAGAUAAGUCCAACAAAGACUUUUAGUAGAGCACACACAAAAACACAAUCCAACAGCCCGGAGGCGAGAAAAAUGCGCACACAGGCGUAAACAGAAGGGCGCACUAAACAUGUGCGAAAAUCCUCUCCCAAAUACAAAGGAGGCAAGCUACAAAUAGCGCACCGAAAGGGUAGCGCACCAACACGACAUAGGAAACAAUCACACACAACACCUGACAAACACAACGAGAACUUAUAGGACACUAAUGACACUAAACGACAACAGGUGUACAAUUCCAGACAAGACCAAACGAACAUAGAAACAUACAACGGUGGCAGCUAGUAUUCCGGAGACGACGAACGCGAAGCCUGCCCGAGCAAGGAAGAGAGGCAGCCUCGGCCGAAACCGUGACAACUACAAGUCAAAAGUUUGGACACACCUACUCAUUCUGUCACGAAUUCAGCCGAGGCUGCUCCUUCUCCUUGCUCGGGCAGGCUUCGGCGGUCGUCGUCACCGGAGUACUAGCUGCCACCGAUCUAUGUUUCUGUGUUCUACUUGUUUUUUCUAUAUUGCACACACCUGGUUCCAAUUACGAUAAUUUGUUUCCCUAUUUUACCCUCUGGUUCCCUCAUGGUUUUGUGCGUGAUUGUUCGUUGUUUUGUGAUCAUUGACAUGUGAGUCGGUAUUUUCUUCCCUGCGUGGAAGAUAUGUUUAUUUACUUGUGUCAAGUAAGGUACGUCGUUGACUAAAUUCUGUGUCCUGCGCCUGACUCCGUCCUACCGCUACACACUGACGGAUGACCCAUUCAAGGGUUUUUAUUUAUUUUUUACUAUUUUUACAUUGCAGAAUAAUAGUGAAGACAUCAAAACUAUGAAAUCACACAUAUGGAAUCAUGUAGUAAACAAAAAAAGUGUUAAACAAAUCAAAAUAUAUUUUAUAUUUGAGAUUUUUCAAAUAGCCACCCUUUGCCUUGAUGGCAGCUUUGCACAUUCUUGACAUUCUCUCAACCAGCUUCACCUGGAAUGCUUUUCCAACAGUCUUGAAGGAGUUCCCACAUUUGCUGAGCACUUGCUUUUCCUUCACUCUGUGGUCCGACUCAUUCCAAACCAUCUCAAUUUGGUUGAGGCCAGGUCAUCCGAUGCAGCAAUCCAUCACUCUCCUUCUUGGUAAAAUAGUUCUUACACAGCUUGGAGGUCUGUUGGGUCAUUGUCCUGUUGAAAAACAAAUGAGAGUCCCACUAAGCCCAAACCAGAUGGGAUGGCGUAUCGCUGUAGAAUGCUGUGGUAGCCAUGCUGGUUAAGUGUGCCUUGAAUUCUAAAGAAGUCACAGACCGUGUCACCAGCAAAAUAUCAUCACACCUCGUCCUCCAUGCUUUACGGUGGGAAAUACACAUGCGGAGAUCAUCCGUUCACCCACACCGCGUCUCACAAAGCCACGGCGGUUGGAACCAGAAAUCUAAAAUUUGGACUCCAGACCAAAGGACAAAUUUCCACCGGUCUAAUGUCCAUUGCUCGUGUUUCUUGGCCCAAGCAAGUCUCUUGUUAUUUGUGUCCUUUAGUAGUGGUUUCUUUGCAGCAAUUCGACCAUAAAGGCCUGAUUUAUACAAUCUUCUCUGAACAGUUGAUUUUGAGAUGUGUCUGUUACUUGAACUCUGUGAAGCGUUUAUUUGGGCUGCAAUUUCUGAGUCUGGUAACUCUAAUGAACUUAUCCUCUGCAGCAGAGGUACCUCUGGGUCUUCCAUUCUUGUGGCGGUCCUCAUUAGAGCCAGUUUCAUCAUAGCACUUGAUGGUUUUUGCGACUGCACUUGAAGAAACUUUCAAAGUUCUUGAAAUGUUCUGUAUUAACUGACAUUCAUGUCUUAAAGUAAUGAUGGACUGUUGUUUCUCUUUGCUAAUUUGAGCUGUUCUUGCCAUUUUUUGGACUUCGUAUUUUACCAAAUAGGGCUAUCUUCUGUAUACCACAACCUCCUUGUCACAAAACUGAUUGUCUCAAACGCAUUAAGAAGGAAAUAAAUUCCACAAAUUAACUUUUAACAAAUGCAUUCCUGGUGACUACCUCAUGAAGCUGGUUGAGAGAAUGCCAAGAGUGUGCAAAGCUGUCAUCAAGGCAAAGGGUGGGUACUUUGAAGGAUAUAAAAUAUAAAAUAUAUUUUGAUUUGUUUAACACUUUUUUUGGUUACUACAGAUUCCAUGUGUGUCAUUUCCUAGUUUUUAUGUCUUCACUACAAUUCUACAAUGUAAAAAUAAAGAAAAACCCUGGAAUGAGUAGGUCCAAACUUUUGACUGGUACUGUACAUAUUCAGACCCUUUACUCAGUACUUUGUUGAAGCACCUUUGGCAGUGAUUACAGCCUUGAGUAUUAUUGGGUAUGAUGCUGACACCACCAUGCUUCACCGUAGGGAUGGUGCCAGGUUUCCUCCAGAUAUGACGCUUGGCAUUCGGGCCAAAGAGUUCAAUCUUGGUUUCAUCAGACCAGAGAAUCUUGUUUCUCAUGGUCUGAGAGUCUUUAGGUGCGAAGCGGGCCUUCAUGUUCCUUUUACUGAGGAGUGGCUUCCGUCUGGCCACUCUACCAUAAAGGCCUGAUUGGUGGAGUGCUGCAGAGAUAGUUGUUCUUCUGGAAGGUUUUCCCAUCUCCACAGAGGAACUCUGGAGCUCUGUCAGAGUGACCAUCAGGUUCUUGGUCACCUCCUUGACCAAGGCCCUUUUCCCCGAUUGCUCAGUUUGGCCAGGUGGCCAGCUCCAGGAAGAGUCUUGGUGGUUCCAAACUUCUUACAUUUAAGCAUGACGGAGGCCAAUGUGUUCUUGGGGAGCUUCAGUGCUGCAGAAAUGUUUUGGUACCCUUUCCCAGAUCUGUGCCUUGACGGACAAUUCCUUCGACCUCAUGGCUUGGUUUUUGCUCUGACAUGCACUGUCAACUGUGGGACCUUGUAUAGACAGGUGGGUGCCUUUCCAAAUCAUGUCCAAUCAAUUGAAUUUACCACAGUUGGACUCCAAUCAAGUUGUAGAAACAUCUCAAGGAUUAUCAAUAGAAACAUGAUGCACCUGAGCUCAAUUUUGAGUCUGACAGCAAAGAGUCUGAAUACUUAUGUAAAUAAGGUAUUUCUAUUUUUUGUUGUAUUUUUUUGCAACAAUUUUUAAAAAACCUGUUUUUUCUUUGUCAUUAUGGGAUAUUGUGUGGAGCUUGAUGAGGAUUUUGUAUUUAUUUAAUCAAUUUCAGAAUAAGGCUGUAACGUAACAAAAUGUGGGAAAAGUCAAGGGGUCUGAAUACUUUCCGAAUGCACUGUAUAUAUUUCUAUAUUUAUCCCACAGGGAUGGUCUGCCACGUCUGAUGCACCCAGAGUUCAAGUCUUUCCCUUCAAAGACCGUGAGUGUCCUUCAACUUCUAUUAGACUGAAUGUUUUAUUAGUUGGUUGGUUGAUUGACUGUGAAAUUUGCUAUAUUGUCAGUGCAUUGCUUUUGACCGCGCCGCUUCUUUUCUCCAAAGGUCUGGAGGAGUUGUGGUCCGGCAUUAACUUUGACCCGGUGGAGGAGGCUUUGUCAUGGGAACCAGUGUGUCCUGUUGCCGUGGUGAUCUCACUGUGCCAAAAACGAGGGGAUGAUGAGUGUGACGAUCUGGCUGGUUCAUCACAGACCCUCAGCAGGGAAAAGGUUAGGUGCCUCAAUCAAUCAAUUAGUAAAUCAAUCAGCUGUACCUCUUUGAACUCCUUCACAGUUAAUAUGCUGUUUCAAAGACAAAAGACUGAUAUGACCAAGGCUAUAUCACCAGAUGACUGUUUUACAAUAACUAUUAUAGAUUAAAGUCCUCAUUUAACUUUCCUUUCAGAUAACAUUCUCCAGAGUGGAUCCACACCCACAGCUUUGUAUGAAGGUAAGACAUCACCUUUGCCUGUGGCGUCUUCAAUGACUGAAUGCAUUAUCUUUCUAAGAAGUCCUAUUUACUAUCUGAACAUGCCGGUACAUCUCCCCUUUGAGUAUGCAGAACAAAUUAAUCUAACAAAUGCAUGCUCCUGGCUGUUGUUUUAUCUACAGUUUACCAAAGAUUCUGGAUCCUGGAUCCGGUGCCCCUUUGCAGAUGGGAAUUUCCAAGGUAAUAGCGCUCUGUAAAUAGUGUGCAUAUAAUUAUCAUGAGUAAUCCAUCUGAAGUUGUGAAUGAUGUGCUUUUAAGUGGAAAAGGGUGCCACAGCUUGCACAUCAGUCAAACCCAUGACACCCAAGGAUAAGAAACCUCCAACGCUCUAGUAUCAGUCUUUACACUAAUGCAAUAUUAUGGCAGACCUGGAUUAAAAUGUCAUUUUAUUGAACUUGUCUGGCACAAUGAACCAAUGGAAUAGUACCAGAUGGCACUCCAGGCAGGCUGAAUCAAACGCUAAAAUUCUUUGGAAAGAAAACAAAUACUUUUUGAACCCAGGUCCGUUAUCUAGUAUUGCCAGUAUAGAGUACCACAGUAUGAGUCGUUUUUUCCACCAUACAUUUUUCCCAUAGGGGAUUUUAGAAACACCUAAAAUAAGAGCUGCGUUUCGUGUAGGCUUGCCCUGGCGUGACGUUUAGAUAACUGUGUAAAUCUCUCUAGGACAAGGUGACUUUUAUCAACAUACAGUGAGCACCAUAAUUCAUUGUUAUUUUGGUUCUGUACUCUAGCACUUUGAGUUUGAAAGGAUACAAUGACAAUGAGGGUGAAGCGCAGACUGUCAGUUUUAAUUUGAGGGUAUUUUCAUACAUAUCGGAAGAACCGUUUAGAAAUGACAGCACCUUUUGUACAUGGUCCCCCCAUUUUAAGGUACUACAAGGAUUUGUUAAAUUGGCUUCACAGUCGUUAGGCAGGUGUAUUCAUUUGUGUCAUUAGUGAAUGCAGGAGAGCUGUUGAUGAAUAGUAUUGAUUCUAGACUUUGCUAUUGCCAUUGGAGGUUGUUGUUGGGGUGAAAUAACAUGAGGAAGACAGCAGUGUCGAUGCAAAUGAAGCUGGCCGUCAUAAGGCUCAGAAAUUAAAAUCAAUCAAUCAGGAACAUUGCAAAAACCCUGGCCAUGCCCAAGUCAACAAUUUGGUUCAUCAUUAACAAGAAAAAAACAACUGGUGAACUAAAUUAUGUCAAAAGACCCGGUAGACCGAGGAAGACCACUGUAGUGGAUGACCGGAGAAUACUCUCUAUGGUGAAGAAAACCCCCUUGACAACAGCCCAACAGAUAAAAAAACACUCUCCUGGAUGCAGGUGUAGAUGUGUCAAAGUCUACCAUACGUAGAAGACUUGUCACGGAUUCAGCCGAGGCUGCCCCUCCUCUUUGCUCGGGCAGGCUUCGGCGUUCGUCGUCACUGGAGUACUAGCUACUACCGAUCCAUGUAUCUAUGUUUGACUUGUUUUGUCUUCAUUGGUCACACCUGUUUCCCAUUAUGUAGUUAUGUCUUCCCUAUUUCACCCUCUGUCUCACACUGUGUGUUGUGCAUGUUUGUUCAUGUUUUGGUUGUCGUUAGUGUGCGGGUUUGUUCCCUCCCUGCGUGGAGGUUUUGUUUCAUACUUUUACCUACGAGUAAAGUACGUUUUUUGAUUAGCUCUGUGUCCUGCGCCUGACUUCGCCUACCGCAUUACACUGACGCCUUGACAUGGAGUCAGCAGGUACAGCAAUGCCAGCCGGAUCAAUGGAGGAACGCGUCCAACAACAAGCGGCCAUGAUCCAGGCUCUCGGCACCGCUAUGGAACGGGUGGUUAAUACCAUGGAACAAUGGGAGAGAGGCGGUAUCCCUAUACCUCCUCCAAUUACACCACCACCAACACUGCUGUCCACCUCUUCACCAUCUGGGUCCAGUGGGAUUCGGCUCUCGCUCCCGAGGGCAUAUGACGGUACAGCUGCCGGGUGUCAGGGUUUUCUGCUCCAGGUAGAGCUCUACCUGGCAACCAUCCACCCGGCUCCCUCGGGAUACGAGAGCGUGUCCGCCCUCAUCUCCUGUCUGUCCGGUAAAGCGCUUGAGUGGGCCAAUGCCGAGUGGGGGGGAAUAGACGCCGCAACUGUAAGCUAUGCAGAGGUUACCCGCUGCUUUAGGGCGGUAUUCGAUCAUCCACCAGAGGGGAAAGCGGCGGGUUACCAUCUAUUACACCUCAGACAGGGGAAGAGGAGCGCGCUGGACUUUUGCACUGGACUUUCGGACUCUGGCUGCCAGCGCAGGAUGGAAUGAGAGGGCCCUCAUCGACCACUACCGUUGCAGCUUAAGGGAGGACGUUCGUCGAGAACUGGCCUGCAGGGACACCAACCUAAACCUGGACCAACUGGUGGAUAUGUCAAUCCGACUGGAUAACCUGUUGGCCACUUGCGGACGUUCGGAUCAGGGGCCGUCCAUUCCAUCCCCCAGCACCUCCGACCCUACCCCUACGGAGCUUGGAGGUGCUGCUAUGAGGGAGACCGGUAGAGGGGCCGUCCCCUGCACCAACUGUGGCCGCAGAGGACACACUGCUGGUCGGUGCUGGGGAGGGUCUUCUAGGAGUCGAGGCAGUAGGCAGAGCACUGGUGGAUCGUUUCAGGUGAGUAGGCACCCAACUCAUCCAGAGCUCCCUGUUGCGCAUAUAUGUAUAGGUGUUGUAUUUCCCGAGUUUUCUUCUCAUUCCCAGCAUAAGGCGCUAGUAGAUUCAGGCGCAGCUGGGAACUUUAUUGAUCGUCAGUUUACCCGUAGGCUAGGGAUUCCUAUUGUGCCAGUUGAUGUGUCCUUCCCUAUACAUGCCCUAGAUAGUCGCCCUUUAGGGUCAGGUCUGAUUAGGGAGGUCACAGCGCCACUCUGGAUGAAGACCCAGGAGGGGCAUGAGGAAACAAUUAGUCUAUAUCUGAUUGAUUCUCCUGCGUUUCCAGUGGUGUUGGGGCUUCCCUGGUUAACCUCUUAUGACCCCACUAUUUCAUGGCAACAGAGGGCUCUCAAGGGAUGGUCAAGUCAGUGCUCGGGGAGGUGUGUAGGUGUUUCCAUAGGGGCAACUACGGUGGAAAGUCCAAACCAGGUUCCCACCAUGCACAUUCCACCUGAAUAUGCCGAUUUGGCUCAAUUACCACCCCAUCGACAGGGGGAUUGUGCGAUAAACCUCCAGGUAGGUGCUGCGCUUCCCCGGAGUCAUGUGUAUCCUCUGUCACAGGAAGAGACGGCGGCUAUGGAAACAUAUGUCACCGAAUCACUGAGGCAAGGAUACAUUCGGCCUUCCACUUCCCCUGUGUCAUCGAGUUAAUUUUUUGUGAAGAAGAAGGAUGGUGGCUUACGGCCGUACAUUGACUACCGUGGUCUUAAUCAGAUCACAGUAAAAUACAGCUAUCCACUACCUCUGAUUGCGAGUAUGACGGAGUCAUUGCACAGGGCGUGCUUCUUCACGAAAUUGGAUCUCAGGAGCGCGUACAACCUGGUGCGUAUCCGGGAUGGAGAUGAGUGGAAGACAGCAUUUAAUACCACCUCUGGGCACUAUGAGUACCUCGUCAUGCCAUACGGAUUGAUGAAUGCUCCAUCAGUCUCCCAAUCUUUUGUUGAUGAGAUUUUCAGGGACCUGCACGGACAGGGUGUAGUGGUGUAUAUUGAUGACAUUCUCAUAUACUCCGCUACACGGGCCGAGCAUGUGUCCCUGGUGCUUGGUCGACUGUUGGAGCAUGACCUGUAUGUGAAGGCGGAGAAAUGUCUGUUCUUCCAAGAGUCCGUCUCCUUCCUAGGACACCGCCUGUCCGCGUCAGGUGUGGAGAUGGAGAUUGACCGCAUUUCGCCCGUGUGUAAUUGACCGACUCCAACCAUGGUGAAGGAGGUGCAGCGAUUCUUGGGUUUUGCCAACUACUACCGGAGGUUUAUCCGGGUCUUUGGUCAGGUAGCGGCUCCCAUUACCUCCUUGCUAAAGGGAGGACCGGUGAGUAUACAGUGGUCAGCUGAGGCGGACAGGGCUUUUGGUCAUCUGAAGGACCUGUUUACCUUGGCUCCGGUGCUGGCUCAUCCGGAUCCUUCCUUGGCAUUCCAGGUUGAGGUGGACGCGUCCGAGGCUGGGAUUGGAGCUUUACUGUCUCAGCACUCGGGUACGCCACCAAAACUCCGCCCCUGUGCUUUCUUUUCUAAGAAGCUCAGUCCGGCGGAGCGCAACUAUGAUGUGGGGGACUGGGAGCUGUUAGCUGUGGUUAAAGCUCUGAAAGUGUGGAGGCAUUGGCUUGAGGGGGCUAAACACCCUUUUCUCAUUUUGACUGACCAUCGUAAUCUGGAGUACAUCCGGGCGGCGAGGAGGUUGAACCCUCGCCAGGCAAGGUGGGCCAUGUUCUUCACUCGUUUUGUGUUUACUCUCACUUACAGACCAGGUUCCCAGAAGGAGAGGUCCAUUGAGCCCACUCCCAUACUUCCGGCGUCGUGUCUGGUGGCACCGGUGGUGUGGGAGGUUGACGCGGACAUCGAGCGGGCGUUACGUACUGAGCCCACUCCCCCCCAGUGUCCAGAGGGUCGGAUGUACGUGCCGCUUGAGGUUCGUGAUCGAUUGAUCUAUUGGGCUCACACGUCACCCUCCUCUGGUCAUCCUGGCAUCGGUCGGACAUUGCACUGUCUUAGUGGGAAGUACUGGUGGCCCACUUUAGCCAAGGGCAUGAGGGUUUAUGUUUCCUCCUGCUCGGUGUGCGCCCAGUGUAAGGCACCUGGACACCUGCCCAGAGGGAAAUUACAACCCCUACCUGUUCCACAAUGGCCGUGGUCCCACCUAUCGGUGGAUUUUGUGACAGACCUUCCCCCCUCACAAGGAAACACCACGAUCCUGGUCGUUGUGGAUCGGUUUUCCAAGUCCUGCCGUCUCAUUACAAUGCCUGGUCUCCCUACAGCCCUACAAACUGCUGAGGCCCAAUUUAAACACGUCUUCCGGCACUACGGGGUACCUGAGGAUAUUGUGUCGGAUCGGGGUCCCCAGUUCACCUCAAGGGUCUGGAGGGCGUUCAUUGAACGUCUGGGGGUCUCGAUCAGCCUUACCUCAGGUUUUACUGUCACGGAUUCAGCCGAGGCUGCCCCUCCUCCUUGCUCGGGCAGGCUUCGGCGUUCUUUGUCACUGGAGUACUAGCUACUACCGAUCCAUGUAUCUAUGUUCGACUUGUUUUGUCUUCAUUGGUCACACCUGUUUCCCAUCAUGUAGUUAUGUCUUCCCUAUUUCACCCUCUGUCUCACACUGUGUGUUGUGCGUGUUUGUUCAUGUUUUGGUUGUUGUUAGUGUGCAGGUUUAUUCCCUCCCUGCGUGGAGGUUUUGUUUCAUACUUUUACCUACGAGUACAGUACGUUUUUUGAUUAGCUCUGUGUCCUGCGCCUGACUUCGCCUACCGCAUUACACUGACGCCUUGACAAGACUACACCAGCAGGACUACAGAGGGUACACUACAAGAUGCAAACCACUGAUAAGCCUGAAGAACAGAAAGGCGAGAUUACAGUUUGCUAAAAAGCACAUAAAAGAGCGCCAAGAGUUCUGGAAAAAAGUAUUGUGGACAGAUGAGACAAAGAUUAACAUGUACCAGAGUGAUGGAAAGAGGAAAGUGUGGAGAAAAAAAAGAAAUGACCAUGAUCCAAGGCAUACCACCUCAUCCGUGAAACUUGGUGGAGGGGGUGUUAUGGCUUGGGCCUGUAUGGCUGCCAGUGGAACAGGCUCACUUCAUCGAUGAUGUGACUGCAGACAGAAGUAGAACAAUGAAUUCUGAAGUCUACAGAAAUAUUUUAUCUGCUCAGAUAAAACCAAAUGCCUCCAAACUCAAUGGAUGGCACUUCAUCAUGCAACAAGACAAUGACCCUAAACAUACUGCUAGAGCAACGAAGGGGUUUUUGAUGGCCAAAAAGUAGAAAAUCCUUGAAAGUCCCCGAAACAAGCAGGAACUGAAGAUGGCUGCAGUAUAGGCCUGGCAGAGCAUCACCAGGGAAGAUACCCAGCGUCUGGUGAUGUCGAUGCAUCGUAGACUUCAAGCAGUCAUUGCAUGCAAAGGAUCUGCGACCAAAUAUUAACAAUGAUUACUUUAUUCUACAUUAUGUUAAACUGUCCAAUGUUUUUUGAUGCCCGAAAAUGGGGGGGGGGGGGACCAUGUACAAAAGCUUCAUUCAUUUCUGAACGGUUCAUCCGAUAUGUAUGAAAAUACCCUACAAUUAAAGCUGACAGUCUGCACUUCACCCUCAUUGCCAUUGUAUCCUUUAAAACUCAAAGUGCUAGAGUACAGAACCAAAAUAACGGUCACUGUCCAAUGAAUUAUGGUGCAGACUUUAUACAGUGGGGAAAAAAAGUAUUUAGUCAGCCACCAAUUGUGCAAGUUCUCCCACUUAAAAAGAUGAGAGAGGCCUGUAAUUUUCAUCAUAGGUACACGUCAUCUUUGACAGACAAAAUGAGGAGAAAAAAUCCAGAAAAUCACAUUGUAGGAUUUUUUAUGAAUUUAUUGGCAUAUGAUGGUGGAAAAUAAGUAUUUGGUCAAUAACAAAAGUUUCUCAAUACUUUGUUAUAUACCCUUUGUUGUCAAUGACACAGGUCAAACGUUUUCUGUAAGUCUUCACAAGGUUUUCACACAUUGUUGCUGGUAUUUUGGCCCAUUCCUCCAUGCAGAUCUCCUCUAGAGCAGUGAUGUUUUGGGGCUGUCGCUGGGCAACACAGACUUUCAACUCCCUCCAAAGAUUUUCUAUGGGGUUGAGAUCUGGAGACUGGCUAGGCCACUCCAGGACCUUUAAAUGCUUCUUACGAAGCCACUCCUUCGUUGCCCGGGUGGUGUGUUUGGGAUAAUUGUCAUGCUGAAAGACCCAGCCACGUUUCAUCUUCAAUGCCCUUGCUGAUGGAAGGAGGGUUUCACUCAAAAUCUCACAAUACAUGGCCCCAUUCAUUCUUUCCUUUACACGGAUCAGUCGUCCUGGUCCCUUUUCAGAAAAACAGCCCCAAAGCAUGAUGUUUCCAACCCCAUGCUUCACAUUAGGUAUGGUGUUCUUUGGAUGCAACUCAGCAUUCUUUGUCCUCCAAACAUGACGAGUUGAGUUUUUACCAAAAAGUUAUAUUUUGGUUUCAGCUGACCAUAUGACAUUCUCCCAAUCCUCUUCUGGAUCAUCCAAAUGCACUUCAGACGGGCCUGGACAUGUACUGGCUUAAGCAGGGGGACACGUCUCCCACUGCAGGAUUUGAGUCCCUGGCGGCGUAGUGGGUUACUGAUGGUAGGCUUUGUUACUUUGGUCCCAGCUCUCUGCAGGUCAUUCACUAGGUCCCCCCGUGUGGUUCUGGGAUUUUUGCUCACCGUUCUUGUGAUCAUUUUGACCCCACGGGGUGAGAUCUUGCGUGGAGCCCCAGAUCGAGGGAGAUUAUCAGUGGUCUUGUAUGUCUUCCAUUUCCUAAUAAUUGCUCCCACAGUUGAUUUCUUCAAACCAAGCUGCUUACCUAUUGCAGAUUCAGUCUUCCCAGCCUGGUGCAGGUCUACAAUUUUGUUUUUGGUGUCCUUUGACAGCUCUUUGGUCUUGGCCAUAGUGGAGUUUGGAGUGUGACUGUUUGAGGUUGUGGACAGGUGUAUUUUAUACUGAUAACAAGUUCAAACAGGUGCCAUUAAUACAGGUAACGAGUGGAGGACAGAGGAGCCUCUUAAAGAAGAAGUUACAGGUCUGUGAGAGCCAGAAAUCUUGCUUGUUUGUAGGUGACCAAAUACUUAUUUUCCACCAUAAUUUGCAAAUAAAUUCAUUAAAAAUCCUACAAUGGGAUUUUCUGGAUUUUUUUUUCUCAAUUUGUCUGUCAUAGUUGAUGUGUACCUAUGAUGAAAAUUACAGGCCUCUCUCAUCUUUUUAAGUGGGAGAACUUGCACAAUUGGUGGCUGACUAAAUACUUUUUUUCCCCACUGUAUGCCUGUAUUUCAUUUUAGUCAUUUAGCAGACGCUCUUAUCCAGAGCGACUUACAGUUAGUGAGUGCAUAUAUUUUAUUUUUUUAUACUGCCCCCCCGUGGGAAUCGAACCCACAACCCUGGUGUUGCAAACGCCAUGCUCUACCAACUGAGCUACAUCCCUGCCGACCAUUCCCUCCCCUACCCUGGACGAUGCUGGGCCAAUUGUGCGCCGCCCCAUGGGUCUCCCGGUCACGGCCGGCUACGACAGAACCUGGAUUCAAACCAGGAUCUCUAGUGGCACAGCUAGCACUGCGAUGCAGUGCCUUAGACCACUGCGCCACUCAUUGUAGUUUUCCUAUUAACCCCACAAAAAUGAAAUGCUAAUUAGCUGUUAAUGUGGCUAUCAUAAAAAACUACAAAUACAUUGAUGAUCUGGAUGAGCCUGCCGAAUUCGAGGCAAAGGUAAGAAUCUCUGGAUUAACUAUCUAAUGUUAGCUAAAUGUAGUAAUGAAUAAAUAGGCUACAUUUCUUUAAAUGGACUAUUCUGUGAACUGUCUUGUGCAAGUUUUAAAUUGACACAAUACCUGUUAGCAAAGGUAUCGGCCAGAGAUGACUUGCAGGGAUUUGUAGCUUUGCAUGAUGUCUACUUUGAUGCUAGUUACCAUUUUCGAAUGUGAGAGUAAUUCGAGCCAAAUAUAUUGAUAAAAGUCACCUUCUCCGAGAAAAAUUACAUGGUUAUCAAAACAUCACGCCAGGGUAAGCCCACAUGAAACACAGCAAUUAUUUUAAGUGCUUCGAAAAUCCCCUAUGGGGAAAACGAAUGGUGGGAAAACUAUUGAAACCGUUUCCUUUUGACCACUAGGAUUUAUGGGUAUUAUGACACCUCCACUGUGGGGCUCUAUACAGCAGGUGAUCACACAGUAAUUAAUGUUGAAUGAUGCCAUUGCCUUGCUCUCCAGCCUGGGACCUGGGUGUCGACCAGCUGCGGCUGGUUGUAACAUCACGGGUCAGAGCACCCAUCUCUCUUCGUGUGUGUGUGAAGACGGGGACCUCUGCAUGCCACCAAGGACACACAUUCCCUGUACCUGGGGUAAAUAAAUAUCUAUCUGCAACUAAUUCUUAUCAUAGGCAACAGUACUAAUGAUUAUUUAAAAAAAUAAUGGUGUUUGCUAACUAUGAAGUCUGCUGUAUCAAGGAGCUGUGUUGACCAAACAAAGAUACAAUUACUGUAUGACUUAAGUUCCCCAAUAACCAACCAAAAAUCAUCGCUCAACAUAAAAAGUGAACUAAACCUGGUGGGGUUUUAAAAUCGGUUCUGAAAGGCAUCCAUGUGGGUGUCUACUGAGUGCUGGCCAAGCAAACUCGAGUAGGGUCUUAACACACCCACCAUGGACGCCCAUUAGAGUUGCCUGAUACAGACAAACUAAAAUAACCCACACCAACUUAAGUUAGGGAGUGAAAAUAAACAUGGAGCAGACCUUAACAGGGAGACACAAAAUAAAAGGAUUUGUAUUCACAAACUUAGAAGGAGAGUUAAACUGCUCUUCCAACAUCUCUCAUGCCAACUGGAGCAGUGGUCUAAGGCACUGCAUUGCAGUGCUAGCUGUGCCACUAGAGAUCCUGGUUCGAAUCCAGGCUCUGUUGUAGCAGGCUGCGACCGGGAGACCCAUGGAGCGGCGCACAAUUGGCCCAGGGUAGUGGAGGGAAUGGCCAGCAGGGAUGAAGCUCAGUUGGUAGAGCAUGGCGUUUGCAACGCCAGGGUUGUGGGUUCGUUUCCCACGGGGGGCCAGUAUGAUAAAAAAUAAUAAUGUAUGACUUCUAUGCACUCACUAACUGUAAAUCGCUCUGGAUAAGAGCGUCUGCUGAAUGACUAAAAUGUAAAUGGAACAUUGGCUCUGCAGCUCUUAAAUAUCACCUGUGCCAGCACAGGCGAAACUAACGAGGCAACAAGUGCAACACAUCCUAACCACUGAGGAUGACUCCAAUCAGCGCACAUGAUCAACUUAAAGGGGAACUACACCCACUGAGUUGGCCUCGUUUUUUGGCUUGCUCCUCAAGAAAUGCUGACGGCCAUGACAGAAACCAAACGUGAGUUGGCUUAGGGGUGUGGUUUCUUGGGUGUGUCAGUGGGCAGGUUCGUUUUACAUGGCCCUGUGCCCUGGGCGGGUGGAGAUUUCUCCUUAGGACCAAUGGAAUGGUCGAAAAUGAGCAAACCCCGCCCAGCCAGGGCAACAGGCCAUGCAAAACGAAUUUUCUCCUUACCACCACCAAGACACACCCAUCUGUCAGAACCUUGCCCGCAGCUGUUUCCCCCCAACUCAAUCACAACAAACAAACCUCCUGCAGGUUGAGUUCAAUAACUACAGGCAGAUGUAUGGUGAGAUGCUGGAGGAAGCUUUGAAUAGGUCAGUAGCCUACAGAAUAAUAUGAGAAGAAUUUCAUUGCUGAAUUUAUGUAGAUAUUCUAAACAACAUGUUUUGAUAACGUUCAGGUCCAUGUAGAAUAAACAACCCUUUACAUAAUACCAUAGAAGCAGUGUUCUGCUAAUAUAACAAUGUGCACCUUUCAUUGUCAUUCCCAUUUUGUACAGAUACUGUGCCUAUCGGCAUUUUGUCUGCUGGUAAUAGGGCUACCUUGGCAAACAUGUCAGAGUGGUCAUACCUUCCUGUGUGGUGUCCUGUAUACAACAGCAGUUCCCUGAUCCUGGUGCAGAAUACACAGGGUUUCUCCCUCCUCACAUUGACUGAUACCAUUCAAUUCUAUAAUAAAUACAACAUAUUUUUACAAAAACAAAUAUUUAAAAAAUACAAUAGCUGCCUAAAACGCAGAAGUUUUGACAAAAGAGGGAAAAUCUCGAUCUGUGUACCUUCCUAGUAUUCCCAUUUCCUCGGGACAAGCCCAACCAAUACAAUUUGUGCCAGGGCUACACACUAACUAAGCACAACAAAAACAAAUUGACUGCCCACUCUUGAAAGACAAUCAGCAUCCAAGUUGUCCUUACCACGGACAUGUCUGAUUUCAAAAGGAAACUCCUGCAAUAUGAGACUCCAGUGAAGGAGUAUGCAAUUCGUGGAGCUCAUCUUUUACAGGAAAACAAGAGGGUUACAAUCACUAAAGACCAGAAGCGGGGUAGAGACCGAUACAUAAACCUUGAUCUGCUGGUGAGUGUUUCUUUCUCAAUGGUGGAGUCGUGUUUCUGAUAGGAGGAUGGAUGCUCAACAUCGUUGUCGGCUUGCUGCAGAAGCACAGCACCUGCUCCUACAUCACUGGCAUCUGUAUACAAAGAGAAUGGAUGACAGAAAUCUGGAGCGGCAAGCAAAGGUGCGGAGACCAAAAGGGUCUUCGUCUUCUCAAAAGCCGCUUGACAGUCUGGGCUCCAACGGAAAAUUACUUUGUGACUGGUCAAAUCCGUAAGUGGGGGCAACAACCUGGGCAAAGUUCUUGCAAAAUGGCUGGUAGUAGCCAGCCACCCUCAAGAAUUGGCACAGUCCCUGGCGAGAAGUUGGCACAGGAAGGCUAUUGAUGGCCUCCGCUUUUACCAUGACAGGUCAGACUUUUCCUUGGUCCACCAUCUUCCAGAGAUACUUCACUGUUGCUUGGGUGAUUUCACUCUUUGACAGUUUAACAUUUAACAUCAAUUCACUCGAGUCCCUAACGUGUCACGCUCUAGUACAUUUGUCUGAGUUGGCACAUCUGAAAAUAAACCCUGAUAUUCUAAAAACAGUGCAACAAUGUCGCCUUUCUCCUCCAGAGACAAGUGUGCCAAAAAGCCCUCAAGGUUUUCCAGAAUCUCUGUGUUACUCAACCGUCCCGGCACAGUGUGUAUUGGGCUUUCCUCAUGCUCUCAAGAAAGACUAUCGUCAACGGUGAUGGCAGUGGCCACAGGCCACUACCGGUUUCCACCGACUUCUCCGCCUGAUCACAGCGGGAGAAGUAUGGUUUCAACAUAUUGACAUGACACAGUAGUUUUUUCACCCUGCACUCCGGUGUGGCGAUGACGUAAUCCAGAUUUAAAAAUAUAUAUAUAUUUAUGGGGUAAGGGCCUGAAAAGCGAGCUUAAAACGGUGACACCAGAUUCUUGAACAACUUCCCGUGCUGCAAAUAGCACUAGAGGGACCCUUUCAUCCCAGUCUUUCUCGAACUCAAAGCCGUAAGCUCUCAACAUAGACUUCAAAGUCUGAUGAAAUCUCUCAAGAGCACCUUGAGACUCUGGGUGGUAGGUACUAGAGGGGCAAUAGGUAACACCCAACUGCUGUAGCACUUGCUGAAAUUAGAACCUUGGUCUGAUUGGACUACCUGCGGAAGUCCAAACAUUGACAAGAACAUCCUCCAAAAUGAAGGAUUGGGUUACCCCAGUGUCUCACAGAAUCUUCACAGGCUGUUUAACAGCAUCACCACUCUGCAGAGACAUGAACCCGUCUGAAACAUUCAUACACAUCUGAUCCAAGACUUAACGGGCUUGAGUGCUCCCACAAAAAGAAACAGCUUUUUCUGUCUCAUUUUUCUGUUUCAACUUAGGACACAGAGACAGUGGCCGUGUCCGAAUACCCAUACUAGCGUACUACAUACUUAAAGUGCAUACUCUUUACUCAUCGUUGCAUACUAUUUAGCACGUAGCGUUUAGUAAAAAGUAUGCAGUAUGACACAGCCACAACGCAGUAGCGGCUCCUGAUUGGCUAAGUAGGUGGGGCGGGACCGAGUGAGGGUGGAUUUUUCCAAAUUCAACAGACAUGCAUCGCAUUAACCAGCCUGAUAAUAGCUAAUUUCCAAUUUGAGUAACUCUUUUACGCGUACGAAUACGCGGGUGUAAUCAUUCUACAGUGGUCCCUGCAGCGUAGGCUCAAACCGGUGUGAUUAGAACACUUCAUUAGAACAUCUAGUCACGAUUGACGCAACAGCCAGUGUUUGAGCAGGCCACACUUUUCACAGCAACAUUUUGCACAAACACAGUUUUAAUAAUGUUAUGUCCUCAAUAUGACCUUUCGGUUACUGGCCCAAUGUUCUUAACCGCUAGUCUAAUACCGUGAAGAACUGACAGAAACACAAUACCAGGUAGUACACACCUAAACAGAAGUACAACAGAAGCUGUAAGGAAAUCUGUUUCUUCUUCUAAAGCUCACUGACAUGUUUUUGUAUUCUGUUUCCUUUUACAGGAGAGUUUAGUACACUAAAAUAUUUUAUGUCUUCCAUUUGCAGGAGAAAUCUGUUAACCUCAACCUGACUGUGGACGUAUGCCUACCAAACACCUGUGUCCUGGUAUGAUGAGUACUGUUCAUGUAAAUGUUCGUACAUGUAUAGAUCUCACAGGCAUUUUGACAUUGAUUGAUAGACGCAUAUUCUAUUUUGACAGGUGAAGAGGCUUAACGUAAAGUAUGCUGCCACCAUCCUUCAUUGCUAUAUACGAUGCUGUGAGUGUUGUGAAACUUUUUGACCUAUAAUACAAGGGUUUACUAAGAAGAAGUGAGCUCAUUCAAAACUCUCUUGAGUUCAGCCUUGUGUGACCAUUCAGCCUUGAGUGACUGACUGGGUUCCUACAGGGUCUCCCACAAGACCGUGUUGUUAGCCCAAUGAGCUAAAGCCAAGGUAUUGGCUCUGGUAGCUAACGCAAGUCUUCAGGAAAUCUUGGCAUGCACACCUUGCCUUGGCCCCUAUCUGAUACAAACACUGUUGACUUCACAGCCUAAGUAUCUUUUGUUUGAGGCUGUGUGUGUGUGUUGAACGAGACUGAACACGCCAAAUGUACAGUGCCUUCAGAAAGUAUUCAUACCCUUUGAAUUAUUCCCCAUUUUGUUGUUACAGCCUGAAUUCAAAAUGGAUUACAUGUUUUUUUUAUAUCACUAAUCUACAACCAAUACCCAAAACCUGUUUUUAGACAUUUUUGCAAAGUUAUUGAAAAUUAAAUACAGAAAUAUCUAAUUUCCAUAAGUAUUCACACCCCUGAGCCAAUACAUGUUAGAAUCAGCUUUGGCAGCGAUUACAGCUGUGAGUCUUUCUGGGUAAGUCUCUAAGAGUUUUGCACACUGGGAUUGUACAAUAUCUGCACAUUAUUCUUUAAAAAAUUAUUCAAGCUCUGUCAAGUUGGUUGUUGAUCAUUGCUGGACAGACAUUUUCAGGUCUUGUCAUAGAUUUUCAAGCCGAAUUAAGUCUAACUGUAACUAGGCCACUCAGGAACAUUCAAUGUCGUCUUGGUAAGCAACUUCAGUGAAUAUUUGGCUUUGUGUUUUAGGUUAUUGUCCUGCUGAAAGGUGAAUUUGUCUCCCAGUGUCAGUUGGAAAGCAGACUGAACCAGGUUUUUAUCUAGGAUUUUGCCUGCGCUUAGUUCUAUUCCAUUUAUUUUUAUCUUAAAAAUCUCCCUAGUCCAUGCUGAUGACAAGCAUAUGCAUAACAUGAAAGAACCACCACCAUGCUUGAAAAUAUGAAGAGUGGUACUCAGUAAUAUGUGGAUUGGAUUUGCCCCUAAAAUAAUUAUUUGUAUUCAGGACAUAAAGUUGAUUUCUUUACCACAUUGUUUGCAUUUUACUUUAGUGUUAUUGCAAACAGGAUGCAUGUUUUGGAAUAUUUGUAUUCUGUACAAGCUUCCUUCUUUUCACUCUGUCAUUUAGGUUAGUAUUGUGGAGUAAAUACAAUGUUGUUGAUCCAUCAUCCUAUCACAGCCAUUAAACACCAUUGGCCUCAUGGUGAAAUCCCUGAGCAGUUUCCUUCCUCUCCGUCCAAAGUGUAAUUAAUAAGUUCACCAUGCUCAUGUCUGACACUAUUAUUGCACACAGAGUGAGUCCAUAAAAGUUAUUAUGUGACUUGUUAAGCAAAUGUUUACUCCUAAACGUAUUUAGGCUUGUCAUAACAAAGGGUUGAAUACUUAUUGACUCAAGACACAAUUAAUCCGUAAACAGUUGAAAAACAUAAUUCCACUUUGACAAUAUGGGGUAUUGUGUGUAGGCCAGUGACACAAAAUCUCAAUUAAACAAUAAAAAAUGCAGGCUGUAACACAACAAAAUGUGGAAAAAGUCAAGGGGUGUGAAUACUUUCUGAAGGCACUGUAGCUAAAUGCUUCCACUCUAUUUGACUGGCUUUAUGGCAAGGGUUCAGAAAACAAUGCUAACAUGAUAGAAUUCCUCAUACCAACAAAAAUGAUUUUUUUUUUCUCAACACAUUCACAAACCACUCCAGGUUUAAAAAACCAAACUGAAAAUAGGUUGUAGGCUAAGUGGUAUUAGGAAAUAUCACACAGAAAAAUAUAAAGAUACAAACAUCCUAUGCUUUGAAAAGGUGCUUGAAGUCAAUGUGUAUGACCACUGUUUAUAUAAAACACACUGAAGUAUACAUUGCAGAGUCCUCCUUUUCUUUUGGCUGAAAUCCACCAUGGAAAGAGCUUUGAUUCUGACUGCUUCUUUCUCUUUGCUUUUCAAAGUGGACCAAGCUGAUGCCCGUGGCCGUGCCCCUGCCAUGGUUGGGGAAACCCCGGCCAUGCAACGCUACUUGGAGCUGACCUGGGUAGUGGUGCCCGCUGUGGCCUGUCUCACUGCUGCUGUCAUAGUGGCAGCUCUAGUCGUCAAAGUCCUACUAACUGGUAUGUAGACACCUCUCCCUAACUGAGUGAGUGAUAACUACUCUUUUCACAAUCAUCUAAUGCAGAGCCGAGAUGUACCGCGCUGGCCUGGUUAGGCAGCAUCAAUCAUAGUUGCUGGAACUGUGCUGAAAAUAAUAAAUUCAAGCUAGCACAGUACACUAAUGUCCCAGGUUUAAAUGGGGUGCUGACUGUUCUUUCUUUCUUUCUUUCUUUCUUUCUUUCUUUCUGUCUGUCUGUCUGUCUGUCUGUCUGUCUGUCUGUCUGUCUGUCUGUCUGUCUGUCUGUCUGUCUGUCUGUCUGUCUGUCUGUCUGUCUGUCUGUCUGUCUGUCUGUCUGUCUGUCUGUCUAAUCUAUCUAUAGUUCACCAGAGGAGGCACAGAAAGGGACGGGAUGGGGUCUGUACAUCGAAACGACAAACAGGUGA